AUGGUCCAGCUAACACGACGCGAGCGCAAGGAGCAAUAUUUUAAGAAGUUCUCAAAGAUUCUCCACAACUAUGAUCGUUGCUUCGUCGUGUGUGCGGAUAAUGUCCGCUCCAAGCAGAUGCAGCAGAUACGUGCUGCCCUUCGGGGUUCGGCUGAAAUCGUUUUUGGGAAGAAUACUCAGAUGAAGAAAGUCAUCAAUAACCAGUUGAUGCGAGAUUCUCGUUUGGAAAAGUUACUGCCUCUUCUGAAAGAGAAUGUUGGUCUCGUCUUCACCAUUCGCGAUCUUGGCGAGGUUCGUAAAGCUCUUGAGAGCAACCGCCUUGAAGCACCAGCCAAAGCUGGUACCGUUGCUCCCUGUGAUGUCACAGUUCCUGCUUUGAACACUGGCCUCGGUCCCGAGAAGACCAGCUUUUUCCAGGCACUGAACAUUCAAACUAAAAUCACUCGUGGUACUAUUGAAAUCCUCAGCGACGUUCCUCUAAUCAAGAAAGGUCAAAAGGUCGGUCAAAGCGAGGCUGUUCUUCUAAAAAUGUUGAAGAUCAACCCUUUUGAUUAUGGUCUCCAGAUCCGUCAGGUCUUCGACCAAGGCUCGGUUUACGGACCCGAAGUCUUGGAUAUCACGCCCGAACAAAUCAUUGAAAAAUUUAGUCGUACUGUCACGAAUGUAACGUCGUUGGGCUUGGGCCUUGGAUAUCCGACGUUCGCCAAUAUUGGAUACAUUGUUGUUAAUGGAUUCAGGGAUCUUUUGUCCAUAUCGGUUGCUACCGACUACACCUUUAAGGAAUCGGAGCAGAUUAAGGAAUACUUGGCUGAUCCAAGCAAAUUUGCCAGCACUGUCACCAAUGCCCCGGUUGCAUCUGCAGAAGCCAAUGCUGACGACAAAGGCGCAGCGCCUACCGAAACGAAGGCUCCGGAAUCGGAGAAGGAAGAAUCAGAGUCCGAAGGUGAUAUGGGCUUCAGUCUCUUUGAUUAA